UCCGGCCCGGCCUUUCUCUUCUCCGUUCCUCCGCCAUCGUGUGCGUUACGCCUGAGUCGGCUUUUCGCCAUGUCUUCUCACAAGACUUUCCGAAUCAAGCGAUUCCUGGCCAAGAAGCAAAAGCAAAAUCGUCCUAUUCCUCAGUGGAUCCGGAUGAAAACUGGUAACAAAAUCAGGUACAACUCUAAGAGAAGACACUGGAGGAGAACAAAGCUGGGUCUGUAAGGAGUCACACAAUGGCAAGACAUGAGGAUUUAUACUGAAUGGUCAUCAAUCAGUCCUACCAGAUGGAUUUCAACAUUUAUGACCUGGAGACUUGCUCAUGUCUUAAAUUAGGAUAUUUGUCCAGUAAUAAAAUAUAGAACAUUUCA